CCUUGGGGCUCUGCGGCCCGCUCGAGUCUUCCCCGUCGCGGGCGCGAGUGCCGGGGUUUGUCGCCAGCGGGGAGCCGUAGUGGGCGGGCUGCGCAGGCGUCGAGGACCCGGAAGCGGCGCGGGAGCGGCUGAAGGGAGCAGACGUUCCCCGUCAUGGUGGGCGAGAGGAGGAACGGAAACCUGCUCGUGCACCUGGGGCCCAAGCUGCAGGCCCACCCCGAGGAGCUGAUCCGGCAGCGCCGGGGCCAUGAUGGCCACACCGAGUACCUGAUUCGCUGGAGCAUCCUCAGCUUGGAGGAGGGCCCAGGGAGCAACACCAAUGCCUCUUCGGAGAGCAAAGCGGAGAACAUCCUGAUGUGGAUGUCGGCUGAGGAAGUUUAUGCCAACUGCCCGAUGCUCCUGGGCAAGAGGAAGCCCGAGGGGCAGCGGGUGAAGGAGGAGAAGGAACCCAGCACGUUCCCUCCGGACGUCACGCUGGACGAGGCCUCGCUGCUGGAGAUGAAGGCUGACGUCAGGAACCUGGUGCAGCGGGCUGGCCGGCAGAUGGCUGGGCCCACGGGCCCGGAGUCCUCCAUCCUCAACACCAUCCACGUGCUGAGCGCCUACGCCAGCAUUGGCUCGCUGACGGGCGUCUUCAAGGAGACCGGGGCCCUGGACCUGCUGAUGAAGAUGCUGUGUAAUGAGGAGAAGCAAAUCCGCCGCAGCGCUGGCAAGAUGCUGAGGGCCCUGGCUUCCCACGAUGCAGGGAGUCGGGCCUACGUUCUCCUGUCCCUGAGCCAGCAGGAUGGCAUUGAGCAGCACAUGGACUUCGACAGUCGCUACACCCUCCUGGAGCUGUUUGCGGAGACCACGUCCUCCGAAGAGCACUGCAUGUCCUUCGAGGGGAUCCAUCUGCCCCAGAUCCCCGGGAAGCUGCUGUUCUCGCUGGUGAAGCGCUAUCUGUGCGUCACCUCUCUCGUGGACAAGCUCAACAGCAGCACGGAGCUGGGCGGGGAGCGGCAGGACCGCGCUGUGCCCUGCGCCCAUGUCGGGGAGAGGAGCCGCAUGCAGCGGGAGUUCGAGUUCAGCAUGGCCAUGGCCAAUCUCAUCUCCGAGCUGGUGCGGGUGAUGGGCUGGGAUCGCAGCCAGAGGAUGGAGCUGCUGUCCCUGCAGGAAGGGCAGCCGCGGGUCGUCCGCUCCAUCUUCCAGCCCAAGGCUCCUGCUUGCGCCGCUGUCCAGGUGGCCUCCUGCCUACCCCAGAAAGAGGCCAGUGCCUUCAAGACACGCUCUGCCUUCCCGAGCCGCAGCAGCUAUGUGGAGUACGUGCAGGGGAACUUGGUGCGGGGCAUGCGGGUGCGCAUGCUGGAGGACUACGAGCAGGUCAGCGCUGGGGAUGAGGGCGAGUUCCGCCAGAGCAACGAUGGCACGCCGCCUGUCCAGGUUUACUGGCAGGCGCUGGGCCGCACCUAUUGGGUGCACUGGCACAUGGUGGAGAUUGUCAGUUCGUCUGGCCGGGUGGAGCGGGAGGCCCAGGAAAGGGUGUCCAGCCUGACGAAGAACCUGAAACUGACCCCUGUGACCCAGACGUUUUACUGCAAGCCCCUUGGGGGGCUGUACUCCCUGCCCUACCUGAUGGACCGGCUGAGCGAGGACUCCGAGGCCCUGAGCCGGGCUGAGUGGUGGGAGCUGCUCUUCUUCAUGAAGAAGCUAGAACCGCACGAGCAGCAGGAGAUCACCCAGCUCAUCCGGCAGCACCAGGAGGAGCUGCUGUCGGAGCUGGAUGAAGAAGCCCUGAUCCAGCUGUCGAUACCGGUGGAGCUGGCCCAGCAAGUGCUGCGGGUGCUGAGCAAGCAGUGCCAGGGCUGCACCCUGAGUGACCUGCACAGCUCCCAUGUCUACAGCAAGUACUUCCUCCGCCCAGGGGGGGCGCAGCCGGUCGGCCUGGGGCUGGACGCAGCCCCCUCGGAGUGCGCCGAAUCCCUGGUGUCCAAGAAACCAAAGAAAGACCCUCCUGCUGCCAGAGUGCCUGCCCCGGCCCCCCCGGAGAAAUCCGACUGCCAGCUGUUCAGCGAGCUGCUGCGAGCAGAGGGGCUGCCCUGCCUGGAGAUGGCGGAGGAGAAAGCCAAGGUGUUGUGCAGCGCGAAGGGGUCGGGGAAGAAGAGCUCGUUGGAGCGGAUUGCAGAGGUGGUGGAACUGAUCCAGAGGUCCAGCUCCGAGGUGGGGCUGCAGCUAGCUGGGCUCAGGUUCAUUAUCAAGACUCUGGAGGAGGAGGCUGGGCGAGAGCGGCAGGUCAUCAAACCUGAGGGACUCACCAUCAGGGAGAAGCUGGUGAAGAUGCUGGUGGAACUGCUCACCAACCAGGUGAAGGAGAAGCUGCUGGCGGUGCUGGCGCUGCGCCUGCUCUAUGUGCUGAUGGCCAAGUACGACUGGCGCGUGCUCUUCGCCACGGAGGGCGGGGUGCGUGCCGUGCUGGCCUGCAUGCAGGAGUACGCCCCCUCGGCGCUGGUCCAGCAGGCCGGCCUGGCGGCGCUGAAGGUGCUGGUGGGCGCCGGGACCUGCGAGCUGCUGGGUGCCAGCGAGAAGCCCUGUCCCCUGAACUACGCCGAUGCCCAGGUGAUGUGGGAGAUCUUCGCCAGCAUCGGCUCCGCCUCCAGCAAGGACUCGGACAGCCUGCUCUGCGCCCUCCCUGCCGCCAUCCGCACCAUGCAGGACACCGCUGGGGCCUCAUCGGCGGUGCAGAACGGCCUGUUGGUGGCCAGCAUGCUGAUCGACAGCCACCGGGGCUUGGCCGAGCAGCUGGUGAGCUGUGACAUCCACUCGGCCCUGCAGAGCUGCUGCCAGGGGGGCCAGGACUCUGCCGCCCCCAGCCACGCCAACGAGACGCUGGCCCAGAUCGCGCUCAGCCGCCUGGCGGAGCACAAGCUCCCCAUGAACCUGGAGACGACAGAGGCGGGCUCAGCUCUAGAUCUGAAGGACGUGGACGUGCAGACGCUGCUGGGCCGCCUGCAGGAGGGCAGCCUCUCCAAGGAGCUGGUGCUGGCCCUGGAGCACUGCCUCUGCGACGAGGCCAGCCCCGAGAGCGAGGGGGCCGAGGCCCUGCGGGACCGCCAGCACUUCCUGCUGCUGCUGCGCAGCCUGGAGCAGCUGGGGGCCGAGAAGGCCGUGCAGCUGGGGAUCCUCCGGAUUUUGAACAAGCUCCUGGACAGUUACCAGGAGGAGGCGCCGCCCUGGCACGAGUGCAUUGAGCCCUGUCUGUCCUCCAUGAGCGCCCCCAGCAACGAGCGGGAGGUCGUGCAGGAGUUUGUUCGCUUCCUCCAUCGCCUGGCCAGCGCCACCAAGGAUUGCGCCGUGGUGAUGUGCCGUCUGGGCACCAAGGAGGCCCUGUCCAAAGCCCUGGACAAGCACAACUCCAACCUGCUGCUGGGGCCGGAGCUGCGGGACCUGGUGACCGACUGCGAGAAAUACGCCAGCCUCUAUCAGAAGCUGACGACCAGCAUCCUGGCCGGCUGCAUCCAGAUGGUGCUGGGUCAGAUUGAGGAACACAGACGGAGUCACCAGCCCAUCAACAUCCCCUUCUUCGACCUCUUCCUGCGCAACCUCUGCCAGGGCUCCAGCGUGGAAGUGAAGGAGGACAAGUGCUGGGAGAAGCUGGAGGUUUCCUCUAACCCCCACCGAGCCAACAAGCUGACGGACAGGAACCCCAAGACCUACUGGGAGUCCAACGGCAGCACCGGCUCGCAUUACAUCAAUAUCUACAUGCACCGCGGCGUGGUGGUCAGGCAGAUGAGCCUGGUGGUGGCCAGCGAGGAUUCCAGCUACAUGCCAGCCCGGAUCGUGGUCAUGGGAGGAGAGAACCCGGCCAGCAUCAGCACCGAGCUCAAUACGGUGAAUGUCAUGCCCUCGGCCAGCAGAGUGAUCCUCCUGGAGAACCUGACCCGCUUCUGGCCCAUCAUCCAAAUCAAGAUCAAGCGCUGCCAGCAGGGUGGUAUUGACACGCGUGUGCGUGGCAUCGAGAUCCUGGGGCCCAAGCCCACCUUCUGGCCCAUCUUCAAGGAGCAGCUGUGCCGGCGCACGUACCUGUUCUACACUACCCAGGCGCACACGUGGUGCCAGGAGAUCGCGGACGAGCGUAUGCAGCUGCUGCAGCUCUUCAACAGGCUGAACUGCACCCUGCGGCACGAGCAGGUGUUUGCCGAUCGUUUCCUUCCCGAUGACGAGGCGGCCCAGGCUCUGGGCAGGACCUGCUGGGAGGCCCUAAUCAAUCCCUUGGUGCAGAGCAUCACCAGCCCAGAUCCCAGCGGCGUCAGCCCCCUGGCCUGGCUCCUGAGCGAGUACCUGGAGAAUGUGGAGACGGCCCGACGCGCCAAGAACCGCGCCACCAUCUUCAAUUCCCGCGUGCGGCGCCUGAGCCACCUGCUGGUGCACGUGGACCCCGGCAGCCCGGAGCCCGAGGAGCUGAGAGUCCCGGUCAAAGCCAAUGGGAAGAACGGGAAGAACAAGGAGACGAGCUCCGGGGCCGCCAAGGUGUCAGGGAAGAAGCCCAGCAGCCUGACGGGGAUUACGCAGUGCUGGAGGGGCGUGGUGCAGCAGCAGGUGAAGCGGUUCCUGGAGUCGUCGUGGCAGGGGCCGGACUUCGUGGAGCGGUACUGCCAUCUCUACCUGGGCCUGCACCACGCCAUGGAGGAGCUGUUCGGGCAGCAGACGGCCUUCAUGCUGGCCCUGCGGCAGGGCUUCUCCGGGGGCCUGCUGCAGCUCUCCUUCCUGACGGCCAUGCAUGUGAGCGAGCAGUUUGCUCGCUACAUCGACCAGCGGAUCCAGGAGAGCCAGACGGACACGGCCAACGUGGAGUCGCUGCACCGGCUACAGCAGAGCCUGGAGCCCAUCCUCUUCCUCUCCGGCCUGGAGCUCGCCAACACCUUCGAGCACUUCUACCGGUAUUACCUGGGCGACCGGCUCCUGGCCCAGGGGAACGUGUGGCUGGAACGGGCCGUCAUCGAGCAGAUCGGGCUCUGCUUCCCCAAUCGCUUCCCCCAGCAGAUGCUGAAGAGUCUGAGCGAGUCGGAGGAGCUGCAGCAGCAAUUCCACCUCUUCCAGCUGCAGCAGCUCGACAAGCGCCUGCUGGAGCUGGACGCGGGCCAGGAGGAUGCGGCGAUGGCGGAGGAGCCGGCUGCGCUGGAGGAGGAGUUGGAGGUGAAGGUGCUGGCCCUGUCCCCGCGCUGCUGGACCGUCUCCCCGCUCUGCUACCUGGAGGAUCCCCGCAGGUGUUUCCCGCGGCCCCUUGGGGGCUACUUGGCGCGGUUUGCCGACUUCUACACCAACAGUCAGAGCCGGUUUGGCCUGGGGUGCACGAAGCCGCGGCGGCUGCAGUGGACGUGGCUGGGCCACGCGGAGCUCCAGUUCGCGGGCAGCACCACCCUGCACGUCUCCACCCUGCAGAUGUACAUUCUGCUGGGCUUCAACAGCGCCCAGGAAGUUGCUGUGGAGACCCUGGCCCAGGCCACGGGGCUGUCUCCUGUCCUGCUGAGCCACGCGCUGAAACCUCUGAUGGGAGAGGCCGGGAUCCUGACCCAGAGCCUGCCUCAGGGGGGCGUCCUGCGGCUGAACGAGGCGGCCCUGGCGCGGGCGGCUGGCCAGCGCCUGUGGCUGCUCCCGCGGCAGACGUACCUGAACGUGGAGGAUGACGAGGGAAGCACCCUGGAGAGGAAGAGGAACAUCAUCUGCUGCCUCAUCAUCCAGAUCCUGAAAGGGGAGAAGGAGCUGCACAUCGAUAACCUGGUGUUCAGGGUGAUGGACGCCUGUCAGAAAUGGGAGUCUGGCCCCGCCCUGAAGUUCCUCAGUUUUUGCUGCAGCAGCACGGACGUGCUGUCCUGCAUUCUGCACCUGCUGAGCCAGGGCUACCUGCGGCGCCAGGAGGAAAACCCCCAGCUGCUGGCGUACGUCUCCGCGGAGCCCACGCCCUCCCCGCCCCCACAGCGCCCGCCCCAAGUCACCUUCCAGACCGUGGAGAUCAAGACGAUGCCCAACGCAGCCUGCGCCGAGAGGAGACAGACCUUCUCCACCUUCAGGUAGAAGCGGAGCGGGGCUGUGUGCGCAGGGCAGGCGGGCACAGACACUGCACCGGGGGCGUGCCGGAGCCAUCAGCCUAGCGCUGGGGGCCUAGGCGCCCCCGGAGCUUGAGCCAGGAGAGCAGCCCGGCCUGGGCCCAGCCACGGCCCUUGGAGCACGAGACAUGAUUCCCAAGAGCUUGGGGGUUUUAAUUUAAAUAAAACAGCUGUGCUGAUCUGUGCCCACAGUCCUGGGCCUACCAGGGAACAGCAGAGCUUGCACCUCACCCCCAGCGGCCAGGACUCCCUCCCUUGCCCUGGUGCCAGCACCCUGCACUAGGGUUCAGGCAGCUGGCUGAGGAUCCUAAAGCUGAGCUGGGGCAGAACUGAGCAGGCUCCAUCCGCAGCUCCUGAUUCCCCCUGGUGCCCAGGGGGCUCAGCGUUGAAGGCAGGUCCCUGGAGCUGGGCUUGGUAUUCCUGGCCCCUAUGAGCCCCCCGCACUGGCUGGCACGCCGUCUCCCGGGGGUUGUGCACUGGGCAUCACCUGGCAUCUGUAGCAGCCACAGCCAUGCAUGGUUUGUAGGCCCCCAAGCACCAGUGUGCCCCCCAUGGGGGGUUCUCACCCACCAGAACGCAGCUGGGUGGGAGGCAGCAGCAUUGGCCCUGGCUGAGGGGCUCUGCACCGCCUUCCCCCCCCAGGGCCCAGCUGCACACACCUUGCACCCCAGUCAGAGUGGUACCAGCAUUAAUUUAUUAAAAUUAAUCCAGAAAAGCAACCAUACAGUAAGUUUAAAAAAAAUAGAAUCUUGUAAAAAAACAGGGUAACGCUCCCUUGGCUCCGAGGGGCUGGGCUUGGAGCCUUCCAAGUGGAGGGCAGGAGUGUGACAUCAGCCCCAGUGCCAGGGCUGCCAUGCUACUGUGAACCCCAUGCCAGCAGUAAAUGGGAAGACACAGCCGUGCCCAGGGUUCCCCCAUCUGCAGCCCAGCCUCCUCCUGAGCCCCAUUGCUCCGGAGCAGCAGGUGGGCCUGCCCCUAGCAUUUCUGGGAAGGGGGUGCCAAGGACAGGUGUGGGGGGCUGAUGUAGCAAGGAGCUGCAGCUCAGACUGACGGGUGGAGGCUCAGUGAAUGGCUGGGUGCUGGCUCCUGGCCCUGAGGGCACAGCUGGGCCAGCCCAGCUUUCUGCUCCCCCCUGGGCCAGUGCCUGGGACCUCACCAUGGAGCACAUGGCAGCAUGGGCACUACCAAGCACACCUGCCUUGAGUUCCUGCAGUGCGCUGCCCCCCAGGGCCCAGAGAACCCCGGGUGGUUCUGCUGCAGGCACAGCUCCCCCCUUCACUCUUCCUAGCGCUGGGGCCCCACAGCUGAUGGUAGAGGAGGCCCCCACCUGCCACAUUUGUGGCUUCCUCCAUGCAGCUCUAGGUGAGCCUCAGCUGGCCCACUGUGUUCCCUAGCAGGGGGGAAGAGCUGGGCCCAGGCUCAGCCCUGCAGCCCCAUGGCCUCUGGGGUGCUGCAGGGCCCUGAGCCCAGGCUCACCAAGCCGUUGAGCAAGGGGUGACAGCCCCUCACUCCCUGGAGCUGCCAGUGGGGCCCUGGUGCUUCCGAAAGGGGGCGACUGUGUUAGGCUCUUGUCGUAGGGUGCAAGUGGCUGAGCUGGCCUCCGGGCGGGAGCCAGAGCAGCCUGUUCUGCCCCCACAGGCACAGCACCCAUAAGACUCCCUCCAGUAGCUCCCUGUCCCUGGCCGGUGGGAGGCUGGCUUGGGCACUGCAGCUCUGGAAGCCCCUGUUGCACCAGUUCUAGCUGCAUGUUAAAAGCCCCGAGGGGGAAGGAAACAGAGUGGGAACGGUCAGGGCACAGCACCUGGAGCUGGGCAGCAGGAACCUCCCCCAGUGCUCAGCAGAAGCGACAGGCCAUGGACAUCGCCUCCUCCUGCCACACUCAGCAGAGUCCUGGCUCCCAGGCUGCCCGGCUGGCUCAUACGCUCUUCGAGUAGCCAAAGAUGCCCACGGGGAGAUGCUUGACAUGUGUUGGCCACUGUGCUGCUAGCUGGAAGAACUUCACAUCGUUCCACUCCACGCCAUCGAUGGACACUGAGAGGAGAGAGCAGAGCGCAGAACAUAAGAGCGGCCACAUGGGGUCAGAGCAAUGGUCCAUCUAGGCCAGUGCCAGGUGCCCCAGAGGGAAUGAACAGAACAGGGAAUCCUCAAGUGAUCCAAUCCCAGCAUCUGGCAAACAGAGGCUAGGGCCACCCUUCCUGCCCAUCCUGGCUAAUAGCCAUUGUUGGACCCAUGAACUUAUCUAAUUCUUUUUUGAGCCCUGUUAUAGUCUUGGCCUUCACAACAUCCUCUGGCAAGGAGUUCCACAGGUUGAUUGUGCAUUAUAUGAAAAAAAAAAACCCUUUGUUUUAAACCUGCUGCCUAUUAAUUUCAUUUGGUGACCCCUAGUUCUUGUGUUAUGAGAAGUAAAUAACACUUCCUCAUUUACUUUC